UGUUCUUUUCUUUACAUACAAGUCCUCAAAAAAAUGGCAAAAAAACUGAGUUUUCUCACACUGGUAAUAUUGUUGGUGCUCUCAAGUGGAGAAUCCAGGAUAUUAUUAUCUACCACCACCACCAUAGCCAAGCAACAAAUACCAUUUUCUUUCUCUUCAUCUUCAUCUACUGAUGGAUUAAGCACCAAUAAGGAUGAUGGAUGUGCAGGUUUAGGAAGUGAAGAGUGUGUGAUUAGGAGGUUCUUGGAUGUACAUACAGACUACAUCUACACUCAAGACAUAACACCAUGAUUUUGUUUCUUCAUUUGUUUUUUUUUUUGACCAAUUUCUUAUAGUUAUGAACUAUAUAUCCUUUUGAUGGAACAAACAUUUUAAUUUGUUGUGAUUUGAGAAAUAGUGUGAGUUUAUUGUU